AUGGUCCUUUUGGGGGAGGGGGGGGGGGGAGAGAGAGACAAGAACGCGCAAGGCUACCGGAACUUGCAUCAGGUUCGUGAUGAGAUACAGUCAGCGCACUCGUGGCCAGCAGCCACGUUUUCAGGAUGGGUCCCGCAACACCUUGGGCUUUGA